AUGUCGCGCCCCGAAGAUAUUCUCCCGCCCGAUCUCUUCUACAACGACAAUGAGUCCCGCAAGUAUACAACCUCGUCGCGUAUCCGGAAUAUCCAGGCCGACAUGACCCACCGCGCCCUCGAGCUCCUCGACCUGAAAUCUCCCUCCCUGAUCCUCGAUGUCGGCUGUGGCUCCGGUCUCUCAGGCGAGAUGUUAUCCGAAGUUGCCCCCGAAGACGGCGGUCCACACACCUGGGUGGGCAUGGACAUUGCCCCCAGCAUGCUGGACGUAGCCCUGCAGCGCGAAGUCGAGGGCGACCUCUUCCUCGCUGACAUCGGCCAAGGUGUCCCCUUCCGACCAGGUACCUUCGACGCGGCGAUCAGCAUCAGUGCUAUCCAGUGGCUAUGCAAUGCGGAAACGAGCGACGUCAGUCCCGAGGGCCGUCUGAAGCGGUUUUUCGAGGGUCUGUACGCGAGUCUGCGCCGUGGUGGACGGGCCGUGUGCCAGUUCUAUCCUAAGAACGAUAUUCAGCGCAGCAUGAUUAGUGGUGCGGCUAUUAAGGCUGGCUUUGGCGCUGGUAUGCUGGAGGAUGACCCCGGUACUAAGAACGCCAAGCUCUACCUGGUUUUGACUGUCGGUGGUGGUGGUCUGCAGGGUGAUAUCACUGGUGUUGUUAAUGGUAUGGAUGAUGUGAAUGUGCUCGAUGCGCGGAGGAAGGCUAUGGAGGUGAAUAGUGCCCGGGGACCGCCUCGGAAGGGUGAUAAGGCUUGGAUUAUGAGGAAGAAGGAGCAGAUGCAGAAGAAGGGCAAGGUCGUCAAGGCUAACUCCAAGUAUACUGGUCGCAAGCGACGUAUCGCCUUCUGA